AUGGCAGCUACAAAAACACCCCUCGAAAAUAUUGUGGAGAGUUUGGGGCCGACACUAAGCUCUAAAGCUCAAAUUCACCUCAUCUCUGAUGCUAAAAUCUUCUCUGAGACGUUCACUUCCUGGUCCGACCUCAACAAGAAGGUGCCCUCUGCAAUCAUCAAGAUCCACACAGUGGGCGAUGCACUCGAAACCAUUCUCUGGGCAACCUCAAACUCAGUCCCUUUUGUUGUCAAAGCAGGUGGUCAUAGCAACUUCUGCACUAUCGGGAAAGAAGGAGUAAUUAUCGAUCUUUCCAACUUCAAGAAAAUCACCCUCCACGAAGACAGUGUUACUGUCCAAGCUGGUACCCUGACGGAGGAGUUGAUCUCCGCCGUAUACCCACAAGGACGUUGUGUUGUUGCCGGUGGCUGCGGUGGAGUCGGGGUAUCUGGCUCCAGUCUCGCAGGUGGUUUUGGACCCCUCGUAGGCCUACAUGGACUCAUAUGCGAUAACCUUCUGAGUGCUCGGGUAAUCACUGCUGCUGGGGAGCUGAUCGAAGUCUCGAAGACGAAGAAUCCGGAGCUUUUCUGGGCGCUGAGAGGAGCGGGGAUGAGGUUUGGGUUGGUGGUUGAACUGACGCUUCGUACUUAUCCGUUAGCGACGUUGGGCAGUGACGAUGGAAGUAUUUGGGAGAUGACAUUGAUGUGGGGCGAGGAGCAGCUCGAAGAUCUGGUGGAAGCUCUAAAUGGGCUGGGCUGGACAAAGGGGGAGGCAACGGCAUAUUUUGGUUUUGCGCAUGAGAAGGAGGGUGAUAGAAUUUCACCAGUAUGCCUGGCGAUGCUCCAUUACUUCGGCCCAACUUCAGCCGCUGAAGCAUAUUUCCGGCCUCUUCUUUCUCUGCGUCCAUUCCAUGCCCUCAACACCCCGCCCCAUGUACAGCCAGGUCGCAUCCCCUAUAAUCUCAUUGACGCCCUGCAACUCCCGCACCAAAAGCACGGCGGGUUCAAGUCGAUGUUCGGAGCGGGUGUGCAAAAGCUAAGUGCCCCGGGUAUGCGUAAGAUCUGGGAGACGUAUACCCAGUUCGUAAGCGCACACCCCGACGCUUUCCGGAGCAUAGUCCUUGUGGAGAUGUUCUCGAUGGAAAAGGCUCGGGAAAUCGGGAGAAAGGACGACACGGCUUUCCCGCAUAGGGAUGUAAACCUAUGGGCCUUCCCAAUUGUAUGGCACGAUGAUCCCAACACUGAGCCAGCUGCUACAAAGUUCGGGAACGAGGUCCGGAAAAUGUUCCAAGAUGAGGAGUUUCGUAGUGGUCAUAAAGUCUCGGCUUAUGUGAACUUUAAUAGAGGGGAUGAAAGUAUUCUCGACACAUACGGAAAUGAGGAAAGGGUAGCAAGAUUACAGGGACUGAAGAAAGAGUGGGACCCAAAGUCCCUCUUCGGAGAUUUGGUUCCGAGGUUGAAAUAG